GAUGUAUAAGCGACAAUAAGACGCAGAUAAUUCAGUUGAGGAGACUAAGGGCCAAAAAGAGUGAGCAAAAAAUUCAGCUACAGCUCCAGCUCCAGCUUCAGAGCCAGAGCCAGAGACAGAGGAUAAGCGAGAGGAAACUAGAUGAAAAAUAAAGUCAAAAAAAAAGCCAGAGGAAUAACAGAGCCAAUAAAUAAUAAAAGGAAAACAGGCGAUCGCCUGCAACAUUCUGCUCAAAUGUUAAAUAGGUAUCAAUUUGAUUUGAGCCAAUGAGCGCUCGACAGGGCGUGCCGGGAUAUUUUACGAUUGGUUUGGAAAACCGCGGGGGCGUGACAUGUGAGUCGCGGGCCACUCGAUUACGUGUAAUGGUGAGCCGCCAGAGGGGAUAACCACCUGGUAUCACGAGUUGUUUCCAAAGCUGUCAGACUGUCGAGGGAUCUUCACUCCACCACGACUUACCGAGCAUACCGGUUCACCUUAUUCACUAAAAGAUUCCGCUGUCCGUGAUUUUUAUUAGUUUUUUUCCUUAUAAAUAAAAUUUAUUUUACUUGGAGCAACAAGUACGCUCUGUUAACGCAAUUAGUGCUGCCGGGUGAUUAAUUACUAAACAAUAUUUUAAAUAAAUCAGUGUCAAGUUAUCCAAGUGAUUAAUAAUUAAAAUAAUAAUUAUUACCCAUAAUCAACUGGGCUUAUUUAAUUAGACAGAGGUAUUAAUCACGGACUGCAGUGACGUUGAGUAAAGUGAGACAGGUGUUGAAUGCAAUUUAAACUUCUGUGGGUGCCGUUAACGCAUAUGGAAAUUAACAGCCGUAAUUUGUUUGUGAAAUUAUCCAUCAUCACGCAGAAUAUUAGUAUCGAGAGCUUUUAUGAUAAAUAAUUGCAUAAUUAUUUAUUUACAACGAAUGUUGCGUGUUAAUAUUUAAUAAAUAAUCAGUGUGCAAGGCCUUUCUCUCUUUGGUUAGUGGUUGUGAUCCUCGCUCACUGGAGUGCAGCUAUUGAGCAAAGUGCAAUUCGGAGCAAAACAAUUACAGAAAAUACUCGCCGAUCAUCCGAAUGAUAGGGUAGCGUCCGAGGUAGUGUGUGUAUAUUUAUUAUAAAUUGUAUAUUGUAUAUUAGUGCAGAGGGCAUGUAGUAAAGGUCCAUUUAUAGCACGGAAGAGCAAUGGGUGUGUAUAUUCCUUGAAAAAAGCUCCGUGAAAGUUUAUGACCCAUAAAAUGACCGAGCGAAAACCAAAACAAUCAUUUGCUGUUAACGAAUGCAAAAGAAUAAGGAUUGGCUCAGCAGAUGCUAAUGCUGCUCUCGUAUGUGCUCCGUAAUUUUAAAAAAAUUACGCGAGCGAUUAUUAGGGAUCUGGAGUGAUAAAAUAAUAAAUACCUGGUGGGUUAAAUUAUUUCGAAAAGGCCGACUGGUUAUCGCCACGAACACUUUUAACGGCCAGUUACGUAUGUGUGUAAAAAUAUGUGUAUGAACAGUACGAGGUAUUUAUGUAAAUGAAUGAUUAAGGUUUAGUCUUAUUGUUGAUAAUUUUGUUGAACAAAAUGUCGGAGCACGGGGACACGGAUAUCGACCCCUCGGAGGAGAUAAACGUUGACGAGCUGGACUCGAGGAGCUGUAGUCCUAGAAACUACGAGAAUAUAAGUGACGAGCGUCACAUUAACGAUGCACCGUCGGAAUGCUCGACGUCGCCCCCAUCGCCGCCAGCGAGUCACACCAAGACCCUGGUGGGCGAGUCCUCGUCGCGGAACCAUCCCUUCAGCAUAAGCCGUCUGCUGGGAGAGAGCAACGGGAUCAGGAACCCCAAGAGCCCCAGCUCGGACGACCCCGAGAGUGAUAAGGAGAGACGAUGGGUCUGGGACGACAGCAGCAGUAAUCGCAAUAACAACAGCAAUAUUGAGGAUGACAAGAGACUGUGGGGCGGAGAGUUGGAGGAGAAAAUGUCGGAAAAGGACGACGACGACACCGGAAGCACGGCGGAAAUGCAUCCCGGGUCCUCCGUGUAUCCGGCAGAUCUGCUGACACCCCUGAGACUGUUCCCCGGUGGCUCUGGACUUAUUUACACCGGGGGCAGUGUGAUAAGGGUGCCUGCUCACAGGCCGCCUGGCCCAAAUGGCCCCCACUCUUCUGUUCUUCCGUCCCAAUCGCUUAUUCCGCCCUGGAGUCUUCAGGCUCUUCAGCACAGUCAGCAACAGGCCGCGGUUGCGGGGAUGCACAGGGCCAAUAUUCUAGCGAAUCUUGCUGCCCAUCCUCUACAAGCUCACUCACAUCUCAAAGACCGACUUGCAGUGGCAGGAACUUUCCCAAGAAGAAUUGGGCAUCCUUAUCAAAAUCGAACGCCGCCGAAAAGAAAGAAACCGAGGACAAGUUUUACAAGGCUGCAGAUUGCUGAAUUGGAGAAACGUUUUCACAAACAAAAGUAUUUAGCUUCUGCGGAACGAGCGGCCCUCGCAAAGUCACUUAAAAUGACGGACGCUCAGGUUAAAACGUGGUUUCAAAAUAGAAGAACCAAGUGGAGGCAAACUGCCGAAGAACGAGAGGCAGAGAGACAGGCAGCGAAUCGGCUGAUGCUCUCCCUGCAAGCAGAGGCACUGGGCAAAGUCGGUUACCCAUCCGGGAUGCCCAGUCACUCUUCAAGUGGACAAGUGAGCAACCUCGAGGGUCAGUCUGGUGCAUCCUCCCUUGGACACUCUGUUACUCAGUGGGUUUCGCCUUACGGACCUUCUCAGCCCCUCACUGAGCCAAUCUGUUAAUUUAUUUAUUAAAAACCUUAACAAUAUAAUUACUAUUAAUUUUUUAUUUUUAAUUAUUAACUAUUAAUUAUUAAUUAUUACUAAAUAUAUAAUAUAAAUAAAUCAUCAAUGCCGCAUAUCUUUUUAUAACCGUAAUUAAGAUUUUAAAUAUUACUCUAGAGUACUUAUAAAUAUAUAUGUUAUAAAUAAUUAUAAAUACAACUUAUUAAUUCAUUAAUUAGGUUAUUAAUUAAUGAAAUAUGUGAUGUCUAAUAUUGUGUACGUGUAUAUAUAUACAUACAUAUAUUUAAAAGAAAUAACAUAAAUACUAAAGUACGCGGUAGCACCUGCGAAAUAACAAAAAACAAGUACUACUGUGAUUAUUAUUAUUAUCAUUAUUAUUAUUAUUAUUUAAGAUCAUUUUUAUUUGCAAUUUAUUAUCUCAAUAUAUUUUUUUUAUCACCUAUUAAAUUUUUAAAAACUAUUCCAGAUAAAUUGUAUGAUUUUUUUUGGUUUGAUGUACAAAUGUUAAUUACUAAUAAUAUUGCAAUAAGGAAAAGGAAUAGAGAUCUACGUCUAUAAAUUAUUAAAUGCACCGAGUAUUGAGUGAUGAUUUUUUAUCGACGUAUCGUUAUCCCUAAAAAAUAAUAACAUCCGGCUUAGCAACUUAAGUUUCUCGUAAUAGUUUUUAUUUCGUCGUAACAAUUCAGUUUUUAUUAUUAUAUACUUUCUUCCUACUCAUUCUCAAUCCUAGAACUCGGUCUUUCUUGGCACCGGAUGUGGCCACGUUUACUGCCUAUAAUUGCAGAGGAGCUACGACCUGCCAUCCAUCCUGUGCCCAAUUAU